AUGGACUUGAGGAGUCAGGUGAAGACAGAAUUGUGGGACUGCUCAUUUGAGCAGGGGACGAAGGUGGACUACUUAACUGAACAGGAGAUGAGGGUGUAUGCCAGCAGCAGUGAAAGUAGUGACAGCUCAGAUUCCAAGGAUGAUAUACCUGGCCUCAAUGAUGCCAAAUGGGAACCCCUCAUAACUGGAAGGAAUUUAAAGGACCAACUUGGAGCUGCUGAAGAAGACAGCACAGAGAUGAAUAGCCAGGAUAACUUACUCAGUAUCAAUGGAGUCCAUGAAAAGCUUGGUCUUUCUUACAAAAACUCAAGGAAAUUGAACAAGAUCAUCGACAAGCAGCUUCCUGGUCACCCAAAGGAUGUUAUCAAGUGUGUCAAGGCUCUGUAUGGUGACAUGGAUUUCGCAGAUUUUCUGGUCUUCGCACCAGAAUGUCACUAUGCAGACAAGGAACAAACUAUCUGA